AUGAGAUGCGACAUAUAUGAUGUACCCCUUUUUUCAGAGUUCCUGUCUUCUGUUUCUCCUCUAAUCGGUCUUGAUUAUGAAGACUUUGUACGCGGUUGUCACCUUGGAGUAUUCCCAUCAUAUUAUGAGCCCUGGGGAUAUACUCCUGCAGAAUGUACGGUAAUGGGAAUCCCGUCCAUUUCGACAAAUCUUAGCGGUUUCGGCUGUUUCAUGCAGGAACAUGUCGAAGACCCUUCUUCAUACGGUAUCUACGUUGUUGAUCGACGAUACAAAAGUCCAGAGGAAUCCGUUCGUCAGCUAGCCCAAAUAAUGUACGAUUUCUGCGGUAUGUCUCGUCGACAACGAAUUAUUCAACGAAACAGAACGGAAAGGCUCAGUGAAUUGCUUGACUGGAACAGCCUCGGAGUAUUCUACAGGGAUUGCCGACGAAUGGCUCUGGAAAAGUUGCAUCCUGAUAUGGACAACAUAAUACGUCAAAAUGAAGGAAAGGUCCCCUCCGCCGCCACCAGUCGACGACCCAGCAUUCAUAGCAGUGAAGAUGAGGACGAAGAAUAA